CCAAACACACCACCAACCACGUACGCACUUCCAUCGACACCUCACCUACCAAGCAAGCAACAAAUCUUGAUGAGAGCAAGAAGCGAGAGCAAAUUCCGCUACACCUGAAGAAACAAUCGAGGAGCUGAAUCAGAAAGGUGCGUGUCUUUAAUUUGGCUCCAUAGAUCUACCUAGCUAUCCAUCUUGCUUAAUGUCCUCAAUCUAGCUUUCUUUGUGUCGUUUGAACAAUUUAGCUUUACCUUUUCUUUUCUUGAUUCCCAUCUUUAUGCUGCUUCCUCUAUACUUUCUCGACACUCAUCGAGUAUAUAUACCUAUCCCUAUACUCUCACUGGGCUUGUACGCUUGCAGGUGUUUACAAGUAAUUAAAGCUGAACAUGCCAAUCUCUCGAGAGCUUGGUACCUAGCGCGGACAAUACUCCAUCCCAGCGCGCAUUGCGGCAUGGAUCUUGUGGCCGGGGCGGUGGGCAGCGUCAUCGGCAAGCUCGGCGAGCUGCUCCAGGCGGAGUACAAGCUGCAGAAGGGCCUGCCUGAGCAAAUCGAGUCUCUGAAACAUGAGCUCGAGAGUGCGCAGACGGCUCUCAGCAAGGUGGGCGAGGUGCCGCCGGAGCAGCUCGAUCCCCAGGUCCGGCUGUGGGCUAGCGAGGUCAGGGAGGCGUCCUACGACAUGGAGGACAUCCUCGAUACCUUCCUCAUCGAGGUGGCUGACCCAGCUGAGAAGAAGGAUGGCCUGCUCAAACGUCUCCAAAAGAAGAUGUCCAAGUUGUUCAACAAGAGCAAGGCGCGCCACACCAUCGCCGGCGCCAUCGAGGACAUGAAGAAGCGACUCCAGGAGGUGGCUGACCGCCGUGACAGGUUCUCCGUUGCGGUGGCUCUACCUGCCCCAGCGACCAAGCCGGAUCCUCGCCUUGCGGACAUGCACAAAGAAGCGGCGCAGCUCAUCGGCAUCGACAAGGCGAGAGCAGAGCUCAUAGCCAUGCUUCAGCCGAUGUCUCACGGCAAUGGAGAUUCUGACGUCUCCAGCGGCGGCGGUAGCAGCAGCAGCAGCAAGAUGAAGAUAGUUUCUGUGGUUGGAGUUGGAGGACUGGGCAAGACGACUCUUGCCAAGGCUGUUUACGAUGAGCUUGGUCCGCGAUAUGAUUGUGGAGCCUUUCUUUCCGUUGGCCGGAAACCUGACCUGGCGCAAAUCUUAAAAGAAAUCUUCCUUCUUCUCGACAAAAAGGAGUACGAGGCCAUUCGUGAUGUAAAGAACGAAUCCCUGCUUAUAGGCGAACUCCGAAAAUUCCUCCAAAACAAGAGGUACUUCAUCGUUAUUGAUGAUGUAUGGGAUAUACCAACUUGGAAGACAAUUAAAUCAGCCUUGGUUGAGAAUAAUAGUGGAAGUAGAGUAAUCACAACUACUCGUAAUCGAGAUGUAGCCAACAGGGAGGAGGUUUACGAGCUACGCGCACUUUCUCCUGAUCACUCAGAGAAAUUAUUCAUAACGAGGCUGUUUGGUGUUAAUGGCAAAUAUCCUACUCAUCACCCUGCGGAGGCAUCUGAAAAGAUUCUGAAAAAAUGUGGUAGUGUACCAUUAGCUAUCAUCACAAUGGCCAGUUUGCUGGUGGGUAAAUCAAGAGAAGAUUGGUUUGAUGUGUGCAACUCUCCUGGUUUCUAUCGUGGUAAGGGUAACCAGCAAGUAGAUGAUACUGAGUGGAUAUUGUCUCUUAGCUACUAUGAUCUGCCUUCUUAUCUAAGGACCUGCUUACUGUAUCUAAGUGUGUAUCCAGAAGACUAUGAGAUUGAGAAAGAUUCUUUGAUAUGGAAAUGGAUAGCUGAAGGUUUCGUGGAGAAGAAAAGUGGAACCAGCUUGUUUCAGCAGGGAGAGGAAUACUUCAAUCAGCUCAUAAAUAGAAGCAUGAUCCAGGCGGUCGAGUCAAAAAGGAUGGGCAUAGUAAGUGGCUGUCGUGUUCAUGACAUGGUUCUUGAUCUCAUCCGUGACUUGUCAUAUAAAGAAAAUUUUGUGACUAUCUCAUCAAAUGAUGAUGAAAGAACAUCACCACAUCAGAACAGGGUGCGCAGGUUAGCUCACCAUAACAGAAUUAUGAAGCAAACUCAGCAGGACGAUUACAUGGAUAUGGCACAAGUGAGGUCAUUGGUUGCCUGUAGGUGUGAUUUUGAUAGUUGGAUCUUGCAUCCAAGCUUUAAAAUCAUGCGAGUGCUAGUUUUAGAGGGAUGCGGAGUACCUUGGGAAGCCUGGCAGGGUCUUAUUAAGCACCUUGGAAAUCUACUUCAUUUGAGGUACUUUAGUCUACGAAAUACAUUUGGUGGGUUUUAUGAGCUCCCGGAAGAAAUAGGAAAACUGAAGUUUCUACAGACACUUGACUUGGAAUCUUCUGGCAUACGGGUACUGCCAUCGGCCGUUUGCCAGUUAACGCAGUUAGUCUGCCUACGUGGUGACCGCCUCCAUACGUACGCGCCGGAUGGCUCGUUCCUGAGGAAGGUGAUGUCAUUAGAGUACCUGCGUAUACGUAUUGAUAACUUGGAUGAGGAGUCCCAGCGGCAAUUUAUGAAGGAUCUUGGCAACCUGAGCGAACUCAGGGUGCUCGACAUUACUGUCGAUCGUUUGGAAGGGAUGGUGCGGUCAGAUCUAGUGCAUUCACUAGGCAAUCUCCACAAACUCGAGCAUCUGGAGUUUCAUUCCGCAAAAUUUCUACCGUUCCGUCGGGUGCCAUCAUGGAUUAGUCCCACGCAUCUCCCCAUCCUCCGCUACUUGUGGUUGCCUGUGGAUCAUAUGAACGAGUCAAGUCUGCGAAACUUGGGUGGGUUGCCAGAGCUCCAUACCCUCUGGUUAAUGACAACGCGUCGGAUGUUGCCAGCUUGCACCGCAACGGUAGCUAAUAUUACUGCCGGCGAUGGCUUCUUCAAGAAGUUGAGAUGCUGUUGGUUGUAUGGUUGGAUGGUCCAGUUGGUGCUCAACGAGAACUCCACUGGUGUUUCGUUUAGCAUCUGGAAUGGGAUGGGUGCUAUAGCCUUUGGUUCCAAAACAAAGGACGAGUAUAGCAAAUCAGUAGCACCACCGCCCGUGAUGCCGAACCUCCAAGAGCUUUUCUUUGACAUUCCCGUUAGGGCCUUAUAUAAGGAUGGAAAAGGUAGUUGUGGUGAUCUUGGGCUGGAGUGCCUCCCUUUGCUUCGCAGUGUCCAAAUAGCCGUCAACUGUGAGGGUGCCUCUGCUAAUGACGUGGAGAAAGCAGAGACUGAGCUGAGAAACACAGCAAAACUCCAUCCCAACAGUCCCAGAAUCAAUUUCAAACGAUACAAUGAACAUAAGAUAAUGGCACAAUCUACAGACCAAGAUGACGAAGAGCCCGACGACGCUGGUGAUAAUAAUGUUUCCAUGAAACAACAGGAAGGCGGGGCCUGAGCAGCUAGCGAUGGAGUCGCUGUCACAGAGUCAACAGGCGACAACCCUGCGACAACCAACCGCUAAAUGUUCAAUGCAUUUCUUCUACAUGCAUGUCUCUUGCAGGUUCAGCUUUUGGCUUGCUCGAUGGCAGGAGUUAAUUUCAGGAUGAUGAAAAUGGUGGCAGUACGUGUUACCUGCGCAUGUUGACAUUAAAAAACCAAAAGGGAGACGAAAAGGCCUUCCCUCCGAAACGUCGUCCCGCGGAUUUGCGCCGAAAGUCGGAUCGCCCUACGAUCUAAGGGGUCAACCCUUCGAUCCGUCUUCUUUCCCCGCGUGCCGACCACCCUUGGAUCCCCUCCGACGCCACCGCCCGUCCCCAAUCGCCAUCGGCUCGAUCAACGCAAAGCCGCGUCCUCAAUCGCUGCCCCGACGCUCUCCUCAAUCGCCGCCCCGACUUCGUCGUCGACCGCGGCUCCGACGCCAUCCUCGACCGCCGCCCUGAUGCCGCCCUCGACCGCCAUCGAGUCGCAGACGCCUUCCGUGGUCCAUCGACACCAAGCCGCGUCCUCCAUCGCCGCUCCGCCGCCAUUGUUGCCGGCAGCAGGACGACGACGGUGAGGCGAAACUCAGCCGCGGCGAAGCGGCGCGCGACCUGGAGGCGGAAGGCGUAGGAGCCGUCGCCGCGGUCCACGACGGGGGGCGCGACUUCCACGAUGGUGACGGCGGCGCGGGCGUGCAGUCGGCCGGCGCGGAGGCGAGGGGCCCGGCGGGCGUAGGGAAGCGGGGGGCGGAGGGCAACGGCAGCCGGUGGCUGACGACGGCGUGGGCAAGGUGACCAGUGGGGUGGUGGGCGAUGACAGCGUGCGCGAUGUGGACCGCGGGGGGCGGCGGCGGCAGCAGCGCACGCCUGCGAAAGGAGCUCCGUUCGGGCCUCCCCUGCAUUUCUACAUUUCCUUUUCUUUUGUGGGUGGGUAGGGAACUCCACCUGUGCAAUAUUAAUAUUAAGGUAACACUGUUCGGCUGGACUUAUAAGCUGGUUGAAAAGCUGAAACAGCUGAUUUGUUGUACGAAAAAAAUAUUGUUUAGUGGUUGAUAAA